AUGCUGCUUUGGCUCCAGGAUGAGCCCUCAGAGCCGCCGAGGGACCUAGCAGCGAGGCCAGACGCAGAGCAGCGAGCAGAUGCGAAGGCGGAGCCAGCGGCGGCUCCGGAGGCGGAGCCCCAGCCGCCCGUGCAGGCGCCCAGAAAUGCUGGCGCGGUGAGGUGGGAGGAGCUCCUCACUGAAGCCAAUGAGAGGUACUACUGCGAGGUCGCCACGGGACAUACGCAGUGGGACCUGCCACAUGAAGGUUGGGUGUCGCUAUUGGACGACGACGGUGCCAAGUACUACUGGGACCCGAUGGUGGGCACUACGCAGUGGGAUCCGCCAGAAGGUUAA